AGGAAGUCGAGAGGCGGUGUACACCCGUCGCGCAUGCGCAAACACGGUUGUCGGAAGGUGCGGAGCCUGAGGCGGACAAUGGCGGAUCUAGGUGAAGCCGAUGAAGCGGAAUUGCAACGCUUGGUGGCUGCGGAACAGCAGAAGGCGCAGUUUACUGCACAGGUGCAUCAUUUCAUGGAACUAUGUUGGGAUAAGUGUGUGGAGAAGCCAGGGAAUCGCCUAGAUUCUCGCACUGAAAACUGUCUCUCCAGCUGUGUAGACCGCUUCAUUGACACCACUCUUGCCAUCACCAGUCGAUUUGCCCAGAUUGUUCAGAAAGGAGGGCAGUAGCCAUCCAUCCCAGGAGAAUGACAGAAGCAAAGGACUUGUUAUUAAGCAGACUGAAGGGCCAGUAGGGGAAGGUUGUCAGCCCAUUGUCAGAUCAGCAUCAGGCUGUUAUCAAGUCUGUUGGUGCUAAAAAGUAAAAGAUGAAAUGUUCAAAGAGUGAAAAUUAUUUAUUUGGAAUUCAGAAAUUCCAGUCUGUAUCACAUAUUUAAUAAAUGUGAAUUCUCCAACUAUUCUUUUAAUCCCAUUUUAGAACAUAGAGAUCUCUGAUUGGCAGGAACACUAGAAAUAAAUGUUCCAUGGCCAGUAGUGCAAAUGGGGGAUUGUAGGUUUUGAAAAGCCACCCUAACCCAUAUUAAGGGGGUUGGAAGAACCAUCAAAGCCUAAGGCAUAGAAAAUCGGGGGUUGAGAAAGAUUAAGAACAAAAAACAGCUUUAUUGCUUAUACAUGACCAAGAAAAGAUUAACAUGG